UGGGAUAUGGAAACUCGCCCCUUCUUUUGUAGUUCUCCUUCUCUGCUCUGAGUUCUGCUGUGCGUUCCUCUACAACUUACCCAAACCUCGAAGAGCAGUGAAACUAUGGCUACCGAACCUCCCCUUGCCUUUCUUCAAUCACGAGUGCUUCGUAUUCUCUUAGCCAUUUCAUUACUCGUGCUCCAAACAGUCGCUCUAGCUCAAGCACAAGCAGUAUCUCUCAAAGAAGCGACCGCACACGAUCUCCAACUUGCUUUCGGGCAAAACAAACUCACCUCGAGGCAGCUGACUAAGUUCUACCUCAACCGGAUUCGGAGGCUCAACCCGCUCCUCAGAGGUGUCAUAGAGGUGAACCCAGAUGCACUUUGCCAAGCCAAUAGAGCGGACCGAGAGCGUAAGGCGAAGCCAUAUGGCUCCCUAUCUGCCUUGCACGGGAUCCCCAUACUGCUCAAGGAUAAUAUAGCCACCAAAGACAAGAUGAACACCACGGCGGGCUCGUUCGCACUUCUUGGCUCUGUCAUGCCUCGUGAUGCUGGUGUGGUGGCUCGGCUGAGGAGGGCUGGGGCCGUGUUGCUGGGGAAGGCGAGCAUGAGCGAGUGGGCUCACUAUCGUUUUUCUGGUAAUAACAGUGGAUGGUGUGCCAGGAGCGGCCAGGGAAAGAAUCCAUACAAUCUAUCAGCUACUACUUGUGGGUCAAGUAGCGGGUCGGCCAUAUCCGUGGCAGCGAAUAUGGGGGCGGUGUCAUUGGGAACAGAGACGGACGGCUCAAUCUUGUGUCCAUCCAGUUUUAACUCGUUGGUGGGCAUCAAACCCACCCUCGGCUUGACGAGCCGAGGUGGGGUUGUCCCCAUCACUCCCAGACAGGACACUGUUGGGCCAAUGUGUAGGACUGUCGCAGAUGCCGUCAAUGUCCUCGAUGUCAUUGUAGGAUUCGAUCCUUAUGAUGCUAAAGCCACUAGAGAAGCGUCCAAAUACAUCCCGAGAGGGGGCUACAAGCAAUUUCUCAAAGCCGAUGGGCUCAAAGGCAAGAGACUCGGAGUCGUGAAAGCUUUCUUCGACUUCUACUCAGGAACUCCGGUCACCAAAGCAUUUGAAAGCCAUUUUAACACCCUGAGGAAACAAGGCGCAGUAUUGGUGGACCACUUGGAAUUAGCCUACAUCGAUUUCUUCUCUUACAGUAGUGAAAGAGUAGCGAUAUCAGCCGAGUUCAAGCUAGCCCUGAAUACUUACCUUCAAGAUUUGGUUGUCUCACCAGUCCGAUCCCUUGCAGAUGUAAUUGCCUUCAACAACAAGCACAAGCAUGUGGAAAAGAUCGAUGAGUAUGGUCAGGACUUGUUCGUCGAAGCGCAAGCCACAAAUGGGAUCGACAAGACUGUGAAAUCAGCAUGGCGAAACAUGACCAGAUGGAGCCGAGACGGGUUUGAGAAGCUGAUGAGACAGAACAAGUUGGACGCAUUGGUGACUCCUGAAAAUAUAGUGUCAACGGUUCUUGCGAUCGGGGGCUUCCCAGGAAUAAACGUUCCUGCUGGAUAUGACGAGGAUGGAGUGCCCUUUGGGAUUUGCUUCGGAGGCUUGAGAGGCUCUGAGCCUACACUCAUUGAAAUCGCUUAUGGGUUCGAGCAAGCCACCAAGAUCAGGAGGCCUCCUACGUUCCUGCGGUGACUCGCCUGUGAUUAUCGAGUCAAUGUAUUUGUAUCUCGGUCCGAGCUCCUGCACGUGCGGUAGCUUCUCUGUUAUUGGAUAGAUCGAAGCGAUGAAGCAGCAAAGGAAUAAGCAGCCACGCUCAUAUCGACCGGCGGGGAAUGAAAGGUUUUAAAGAUUAAGAAGUGAGAUUGUCGAACAAUAAGGAUUUAUAUUGCGGUGUUCACUCAUUCCUAUUCUUUCAUCCAUACAUGCAACCAUCGAAGCCUUCAUCA